UUCAACCAAACACUCACACGCUCUCCUUUCGUCAAAUUCUUCCUUCUAUAAAAGCCCCAUAAUCACCUUCUUCUUCCUUUCUUCUUCAACCUUCCAUGGAAUUUUGCUUGCCCUAAACCUCCGAACUCCGCUCCCAUGGCGGCGACUCCUCAAUGCGCCUCUCUCGAUUUCGCCUUUACUCCUAAAGAACACGAAGUCGCUCAAAUCCUCCUCGAAUUCUCGAAGAAAUCCGUCGUUUAUCUCGGAUUUAUCCCCGUCUGGACACUCCGACGCAAGAGAUCCGCCUUAGUUUCCCCGCCGGAAUCCUCUGCCUCCGUCCCUUCGCCGCCGUCCAAGAAGGUCAAGGAGUCCAGCCCGACCUCUCCUCUCGUCCUCAACUCCUUGCCGUUGUCUCGGAGUGAAUCCGAUGAACAUACCAACGCUAAACACUCCAAGAAGAAGGCGUCUCUCGAUAAGAAAUCUCAGUUUGUGGAAGCCAUUGACGAAUUGACCAAGCAGAAUCAAGGUUUGAAAGGGGAAUUUGAAGCUAUGAAGCAACAUUAUAAUCAUCUGAAAGCUAUCAAUUCGGAAUUGAAGGCCAAAAAGCAAGAGAUGAUUCUGGGUUCUAACAGUUCUAAGAACGAAUCAGCAAUUCCAGAAAUAGGAACCUCAAGUUCGGCCAUGGAAGUCGUUAAGCUGCUCACAGUCGAAUCCUCAAAUCAUCAGCAGCCAGCUCCCAUGGCGGAACAGAGUAAUAAUGGCAGUCAGAAUUUUCAAAUCCCGAUUGGGGGAAUUCCUUUCUAUGAUCCUUCUUCAUUGAGCCCAAUGGGGAUUCCUGAUUUGAACAUCUCUCUUGAAGAAAUCAACCAGAGGAAUUACUCCAGAUUCAUGGCGGCUCGAGCUAGAAAGAACAGGAUUCAGAUCUGCAAGAACAAGAACAACGGCGUUACCAAAUUGCAGACUCCUCCUAACAAUCCCUGUAUGUGAUCACAGAGUUCAACAAAUUUCACAUUUUCACAUCUUUUUUGAUCUUAGGAUUUCGUUCAUCAAUUUCUUUGAUUGAUGAUGCAGAGGGCCUAUUUUGAUUGUGGAAUUGGGUUAGAUUAAUAUUUUUUUUUUGUUUGUAGAUUUUUGACUUGGGUGUU